AGCAGAGGAGUUUUGAGGAAGUGGAUGCAGACUCUGCUCUGCUUUCUGGAGAGAACCUUACCUGCUGCAUCUACAAGACACAGGCAGUCACAAUGGAGCAGCCCUGUGGUCUAAUCACUGGCAACAAGGAACCAGUGCCACUGAAGAGCAUCUCAGUAACUUUGUCCAUCAAUGACUUUGUGGCUAGUGUCUCUGCAACCUUAAAUUAUGAGAAUGAGGAGAAAGUCCCCCUGGAGGCAAUCUUUGUGUUCCCCAUGGAUGAAGACUCUGCUGUGUACAGCUUUGAAGCCUUGGUGGAUGGGAAGAAAAUUGUGGCUGAAUUGCAGGAAAAGAUGGAGGCCCAUAGCACCUAUGAGGAUGCCCUCUCCCAGGGCUACCAAGCUUACUUAUUGGAAGAGGAUGACUACUCCAGGGAUGUGUUUUCUUGCAAUGUGGGGAAUCUUCAGCCUGGGGCCAAAGUGGCAGUGACCCUGAGGUAUGUGCAGGAGCUGCCUCUGGAGAUAGAUGGGGCCCUGCGCUAUUUGCUCCCAGCCAUCUUGAAUCCAAGAUACCAGCUCUCUGAACAGUCAGCAAAGAGUUGCUUGAAUAUAAAGACUCCCAUGGUCCCUUUGGAGGACCUUCCCUACACACUCAGCAUGGUUGCUACCAUCACUUCCCAGCAUGGCAUUGAGAGGGUCCAGUCCAACUGCUCCUUGAGUCCUUUGCAGUACCUGGCUGAUGAUAAGACAUCUGCUCAGGUUUCCUUGGCCGAAGGACACAAGUUUGACCGGGAUGUGGAACUCCUGAUUUACUACAAUGAAGUGCACAGCCCCAGUGUAGCUGUGGAGAUGGGGAUGCAGGACAUGAAGCCAGAUAGUUUGAUGGGAGCUCCUUCUGCAAUGGUGAGCUUCUAUCCAGACAUCCCAGAAAUGGAGCUCUCAAAGGCCUGUGGAGAAUUUGUGUUCCUCAUGGACCGCUCAGGAAGUAUGGGAUUGCCCAUGAACAACCAAAAUUCUCAGCUACGCAUAGAGGCUGCCAAGGAAACUCUGCUGCUGUUGCUGAAGAGUUUGCCUAUGGGUUGUUAUUUCAACAUCUAUGGAUUUGGAUCUUCCUAUGAAAAAUUCUUUCCGGAGAGUGUGAAGUACACUCAGGAAACAAUGGAGGAGGCAGUGCAAAGGGUGAAGGAUUUAGAAGCAGACCUAGGAGGCACUGAAAUCUUGAGUCCACUCUGCGAUAUUUACAAAGCUCCCUCCAUUCCUGGACAUCCCUUACAGCUCUUUGUCUUCACAGAUGGAGAAGUUGGCGACACAUUUAGUGUCAUUAAAACAGUUCAGUUAAACAGCAAGAAGCACAGAUGUUUCUCUUUCGGUAUUGGAGAAGGAGCCUCCACCAGUUUAAUCAAAAGCAUCGCUCGGGUAUCAGGGGGCACUGCACAGUUUAUCACAGGCAAGGACAGGAUGCAGACCAAGGCUCUUGGAUCUCUGAAGUUUGCUCUAAACUCUUCAGUGAACGACAUCUCUCUGAAAUGGGAUUUGCCAGCUGGCCUGUCAGCUAACAUGCUUUCCCCAAAGCAGACUGUUCUCUUUAGGGGUCAGAGGUUAAUCAUCUAUGCCCAAUUGACUGGGACUAUGCCUAAAGUGGAGAGCUCAGGAGAAGUAUGCCUCAUGUAUACCCUUCAAGGCAAGGGUCUUAAAAACAGGGUGACAUUUUCCCUACAGCCCAAGGCAAAUACUAGUUUCACCAUUCAUCGGUUGGCUGCAAAAUCAUUGAUUCAGAUCAAGGACUUGGGCUCCCAUAAGACUUCAAAAGGAGAAGAGAAGGAUGUGGUGAACAUCAGCAUUCAGUCUGGGGUCCUCAGCUCCUUCACAGCUUUCAUUGCCAUAAACAAGGAGCUCAAUCAGCCAGUGCAGGGGCCUCUGGCUCCCAGAGUGAUUCCAACACCAGGAUUGUAUGAUUCUUUGCCUACAAUUGGAUGUGCAGGUUUCGGUCUACCUGACCUGGGUGCAUCAAAAGCCUCACAUCGACGACUUGGACUGAAUGUUCCUGCAUUUUGUCGACGAUUCUUGAGUCGUAAAAAUUCUGCCGAAAUGAGGAUCAAGUCAUGUUGUACCAGGGAACCUAUCUUUCAAAUGUCUUCAGAAUGUCUCCCUCAAGAGUAUGCAUCUUGUCUAUCAUUGGAGAUCAGUGAAGGUUCUGCCAGAAUGAUGAAAAAUUCAUAUUCUUCUACCAAGAAAACUACUGUUCAAAUCUCCUCAGAUUGUGUCCCUGAAGGUUUUGGAGAAAGUGUUGUUCUGCAGCUGAUUUCACUUCAAAAGGCAAAUGGCUCCUGGGAGCUGGGCGAGAAUCUGACCAAGAUUUUGGGCACUAAUUUGGAAGACAUCCAGGCUGCAAACCCUGCCAAGGAUGGAGACCCAUCAGUGUGGGCCACAGUACUGGCUGUCCUCUGGCUGCAUGGCAAGGGCAAGGACUUGAAGUGUGAGUGGGAGCUUCUGGAAAGGAAGGCUGUGGCCUGGCUUCAUGACCAUGCAGGUUCCUCCAUCCCGAUGCUCGUGCAAGCUGGCAGUAAUCUCCUGAAGUUACCUGUGACCCCAGCCGUCUUUGGCUUCUGAGGCUGCCACCCAUGAUCAAGCAUGUUUCCUAGCUACUACCAAUUCCCUCACUUUCUCUUUGGCUGAGAUAGCUUUGGGUUCUAUCUUUACCUUCUUUUUUCUUGUCAUAAUAUUAAAGGACUUCCCCACAAC